GAUGCUUUCCGGUGCGCCUUUUCUCCCUUCCACAAUGCGACAAUGCUACCGUUCACUUCGAUAAAGCGUGCGUACGUGAGUGUUGAGAGCCAGCCGUGUCGUGUUCGGUCGCAGGUAGUGCAUUCUAGUCGCAAUUAUGCAUAGAGUUAGCUGACUAUAGGACUUUUCAGAACGUGAUCGUGAUGAGUUUAACGUCAGCCGGCUUGAAGUGCAGAGAUUUGCACGCGUACCUGAAAACGCUUUCGCCGGCUACGCUGGACAAGCUCUACACUCAUCCAGCGACAUGCUUGGCCGUUUUUCGAGAGCUGCCAAUCAUAUCACGUCAUUAUAUUAUGCGAUUGCUGUUUGUUGAACAGCCUGUACCGCAAGCUGUAGUUUCAUCUUGGAAUGAACAAAAAUAUGUCAAAGACCAUUUGGAGGCACUUGAGGCACUCACUGCACUGCACAUUUGGACAGACUCCAGCCUUCCUGGUGGACUUCCAGGCUGGUCGUUAAGUGCAGUGUUUAGAAAGAACAUCCAGAUAGCACUCCUUGGAGGUGGAAAACCAUGGGCUGUUUACAGUGUACUUGAAAAGGACAAGCAUGGAAGAGACGCAGCCUUCCUAGACCAAUAUGCUGCUGAACGAUGGGAGUGUGUCCUUCAUUUCAUGGUGGGUUGUCAUACAACAGAAGGCAUAAGUGCAGAUGCAGUACGAAUACUCCUCCAUGCUGGACUCAUGAAAUCGGAAGAAGGCGAAGGAAGCUCCCCUUUGAUAACAAUGGAGGGCUUUCAGUUUUUGCUGAUGGACACAGCUUCCCAAGUGUGGCAUUUUGUACUUCAGUACUUGGACACUCUGGAGUCAAGAGGCCUGAACCUGGUGGAAUGUCUGACCUUCCUUUUCCAGCUCAGUUUCCUCACACUUGGGAAGGAUUACAGCACUGAAGGCAUGUCAGAAUCCCUGCUAGUGUUCCUGCAGCAUCUCAGGGAGUUUGGACUUGUUUAUCAAAGGAAGCGGAGGUCAGGUCGAUUCUACCCAACACGGCUUGCCAUUAACCUUGCAUCUGGACUGAAGGAGACGACCCUGCGCAGCUUUGAGGCAGGUUAUAUAAUGGUUGAGACCAACUACAGGGUGUACGCAUACACAAAUUGUUUGAAUCGACCGAACCGACGCAAGGCAAGCCAUGGCCAGGUGCUGAACCACUGGGCCUUAGGCCUAUUGUGGCAGCAGAAUAUUGAUGGCAGCUUUCAACUGCAACCUGCAGAAAAAAUAAAUUGCUUUGGUUACUGUGGUGCUUCUGUUUCAUCAAGGUUACGUUUGCAGCUAGUGGCAGCUGUAGCAGUGCUGUACACCUCUGCUGUUCUUAUUAGAUCAUAUUGCGCCUCUGUUAACUGCAUGCAUGUGCUGUACAUGAUGGUGCACAGCAUCCAUGCACAGACACAGUGCAUAUUCACAUGUGAAAAAGACUCCAUACAAAGCAGGCCUUCAGCAUGCAAUAAAGGGAGCAGAUACAUGGCUCUUUAACAGUUUCUACGAGUCAUAUGAAUAGUUAGACAAGAUUUAUUCAACAAAAAUAUAAAGGAAAACAGCAUGUAUAUUACUGCAAAUAAUGCAUCCUUUUAGUAGAGGUAGUGAGUGCCUUGUGUCACUUUAAAUUACAGUCAAGUCAGCUGCUUUGCCAACCAGCUUUGGUAGUUCCUUUAGGGGAUAUAGAGAAGUUCAACAAGAUGUGUUUCUCAAGUGCAAGAUAUUCAGUUGUAGGAUGCAUAAGGGAGCCUAAAGAGUUACAUAGCAUUUAAAAUAAUUUGAUUUUUUUUUGCAUUGCUGAGAAGUACAGACCCCUUAAGCACCUCCAAAAAAUUGCCCUCUGCACUUAUGUAGCAUGCCUGAUGUCAAUGUGUCAAGUACUAUUGCAUUAGCAUGGCCACAAUGAUCUGCUGAGCCAUGAUUGACAAUUCUGAGUCGGUGCCUUGACUGCACACGAUCACGUUUUGGCUGCAGCUCUGCCUAGGACAUGUAUUUUAAAUAGCUGACUCUCAGUUGGGCUGUUCUUGUAGGCAGACUUGUGAAAAAAACAUUUGCAGGUAAAUACUUCAAGGAAUUUACUAAUAAGAGUGGUGUCGUGGAAAACAUCCACACUACUAAAAUUUGGUUUGACUGAAGUUCAAGUGAAAUUUAUUUCAGUGGAUUACAUUGGCAGCUUCUUGGGGUAUAUUGUAAAUGUUAAUUCAUCUGAAUGGCUUUGUCAGAUGGUAUUUCACUGUAUUCAUUCUUCCAUUAAUUUAAGCGUUUUGAAGGCCUUGAUGGACAUUACAAAGUGGGGAUAACAGGUAAUAAAAUUGGCAACAGUGAUAUAUAUGACAGUUCUCAAGAGAUAUUAUGAUGCGAACUGCUUUAUAUUGGCAAUCUAUUGAUAUCGCUAUCCAUUAAUAUUGCAAGCAGUUGGAACCAGUUUACAGUUGAACCCACUUAUAGCAAUAUUGACUAGAGUAGUAUAUUAGCUAUGACAGUGGACAGCUGCGGCACCAUCAGUGCCUACAUAUGUUUUAUGGUAAAAUAAAUUCCGUAUUGCAGUGCUGCCAAGCGCCAUUAUUGUACUGUAGCAAUAAGGUCUGGCAUGCGCUAGCCAACAUUAAAUAAUUGGAAGGUCCAAGCAACAUGCAAAAGCCACCAGCACCAUCCCGCAACUUCAACCGAUCCAUGAUGCACCUUUAUGCAACAAGCACGUUAGUCAGCCUUUCCCCCCUCGGAAGAGGUAAUCAACAGCUCUCUAUAGAGCUGAUGGGCUGAAGGUUGACGCAUAAAUACAGAAGAAGUUUGUAGAAGCGGGAACUCCCAGUAUCUCGUUCCUCCAGGGCCUGGUCCCAACCUAUUUCAGCAUUGUUGGUCACACGACCCAUGUUUUUUUUGCAUUGUAGGUCAUGCAUAGUCAGCUGCUGCAGCUACCAUAGCAGUGUGCUUGGCACAUGGCACCAUAUUCGCCUGUCUAUGGUUCUCUCCCUUUGGAGUUUGUUUAUGCAACGAUGGAGGGCACUCCAACAUUGCCUCCGCUAAGAGUUGCAGCACAGUCAGCAAAAAGAAAACAUACAGCCAUAGCACUUGAAACAUUGUGCAACAUCGGGAAGGAUCGCAAGAAUGGCAAGAAUAUGCAUGAGUCGAUGGAGAAGUACCAGCUUUCUCAGCCAACGGUUUCUCACAUUAUCUGCUCCUCAAGCAUGUUACUUCCAGACUAGAGCAAUGUAAAGAAUAGUGGAUGAAGGAGGAUUCAGCAGUGAGCCCAUAAAGAUGCGAAGGAUGCUCCUUGCCUGAAGUAUCUGAAGUUUAAAGUUUGUUGUUUGGCUGCAACCCAACUUGACGAUCAAGCUGCUAAUGGCAAUCUGGUUUUU